AUGGAUAUGAAUCCGGAAAUAGACGAGUUUACGUCGAAUUUACAGAUGUUUCCGGACCAACCAGGAAAUAAUAAUAAUCGUCAGAACACUGCCACCUUUCAACAAGGCAUCCAAUCAAAAGAUUCACAAAUGCAAGAGAAUUAUGAUGGUCUAUAUAAUCAAUUUGGAUUACAACCAUCCGAUUCCUUUUUGAGUUCAAAACAAGAUAGCAAUAAUAGUAAUAAUAAUAAUGUCAUUUAUAAAUCAUCAAAUAAUAAUAGCCAUAUGCUAUCAAAUUUAGAAUCACCACUUGGAUUCAAUGAUAUGGAUAUCGAAUUUAAUAUACAACCACCAUCACAACCACAAACGCAACAACAUCAGCAACAGCAACAGCAACAGCAACAACAACUGAUAUACUCCCAGGAUGAAGCAAACCAAGCAAUGUUUCAUUCCCAAAUUCAACACGAACAACAAGAAGAACAGCUGACUUUAUUUCCUAAAUAUGAAGAUCAGAAUUAUCGACCUACAAUAAAUAUGCCUGGAGCGUUCAAAACUGUAAAUGAUAAUAUGGAUAUCGAUAAUUCACCUCCAUUCACAAUAGAACUGGAUUUAGGGUUUGAACGUCAUCUAGAUAAUAAUUCAAUAGUAACAAAUGCUCAAAUUCAUAAUCAAGAUUCCGAUUCUUUAUUCAAAAAUCAAUUAUCAGUUCCUCAACCUUCAAAUAAUCAUUUAACACCGGAAAAUGCUGCGUUGAGUCCAUUUGAUACUAGUUCUCGCGUUUCAUCUUCACAUAAUCUUCCAAUGGCACCCCAUGGCAAUUCAUUAUUUACAAAUGGAAGGGAUUUCCAUCUAUUUGAUGAAGAUUCUCAUAGUUAUUCUCAUGGAAGGCUAAGAAAUGGAUCCAUAGAUAGUUAUUAUGCGGCUAAUGUUAUUAAUAUGCAGAAGCAAUUUCAACAACAACAGCUCCAACAGCAACAAGAAAAUCAAAUGCAUCCACUUCAACAACAAACCCCACAACCUAUUAACAUGCAAAAUAAGAAUAUGUUUAAUGAAUUAUCUCCGUUGACAACAACUACUUCCCAUACGCCGUCAGUAACUUCAUUACAUUCAACACAGCCAUCAUUCUUUUCUGCCCAGCAAUAUUUUUCACGGAAUUCCUUUGAACAACCCCCAAGCUCCUUACAUCGUCCAUCUAUAGACGCAUUCAAUACAAAUAGAACGUCGAUUGAUAGUCAACAACAAACUCCUCAGCGACAACAACAACGAAAUCCGAAAUACAGCUUCACGACCUCCAUCAGCAAUUAUUUGCCAUUUAUGAGUGAUAAAAAUCAACAACGAUCACCUCCAAAUUCAUCCUCAUCGCCCCAGAAUUUAAUAAAUACACCGCCACAGCAACCAGGUCAGCCAUCUAGGCAUUUGCUAAGGACUAUAUUCAAGAGUACAAAUUAUGGAAACAACAGCAAUAAUAAUGGCGUGGCUGUAUCAGAAUUAAACAACAUGAAUGAAAUGGAAACUGAAAAUGACCAGGAUAUGAACUAUGUUCAACUGUCAUUCUUGCAAAAUGGCGGUAGCGGUGGUGCAAGUGAAAACCACGAUUUCUUAAUGAUGAGUCCGACUAAAGAAGAACCUGAAUAUGAAACAAUGGAUAAUAUUGUUACUGCACCUAAAAAGGCAAAACGGUCAAAAAGAAGUCUUUUCACUAGAUUCAAAGCCCCAUCUAAACUUGAACCUCCUUUGGAGGAUACAACAGCAGUGCAAUCGGUUGAAGAGCUUAAGACUACUCAAGAUAAUGCAAGCUCGGUGAAUAGUAUGACUGGUGGAAAUGUAUCGGCACAAGGUUCUAUGAGUGGUACGCCGUCGAUAGCGACUGGUAGUAAUCAAUUGGAGCAUACCGCGUCUGGAGGAUCUCAGCGACAAGCAAUCCAACUGCAACAACAGCAACAACAACCGUCAUCUCAAGCUUCUGAGCCAGAUUAUGCGGCAUUAUUUGAAAAUAUGGGGAAAAGAAAGAAUAUUGUUCUGUCGGGAUAUAGAAAACCAAAGAAACCAAAGGAAGAAUCACUUAGUGUUAAUAAUUCAAAUUCGACAGUUGAUAAAUCAUCCAUAUUGAAUUUUGGAAAAUCUUCAAAAAGUAGAAAUGGAAGUGAGCAUUCUUCGAUUUUGCAACAACAACAACUGCAACAAUCCUAUAAUGAAGAUGACGAUUAUGAGAGUGAUGAUCACUCAAGUUCACAAAAUAUGAGUGCUGUUUCUUCCAACGUAUCAUCUUCUGGUCAUGUUCGUGCUCUGAUGGAAUCUGAAACCCUGAAUUCAGCAUCUGGAAUCACUCCAACUACAUCAACCCUUGCUACUGCAUCAAAGAGAAUUUUAGGAUCGAAAUUGAUGUUGAAGAAGAAAUCUAAUGUCAAGCAUGUUAAUAAUCCAAAAGAUGCAUUUAUAGCAUCAUUGGACACACCAGUAGCAACUAUGAUAUCUAAAGGUGUAGAAGUUGAAGUUGAUUUACGUUCAUUAGAUUUACCUCCCGAUACCAAGAUUUUCCCUACUUCAAUAAUUAAUUCCAAGAAUAGGACUAGAGGACGUAAGGAAAAUAAAGAAGCAGAUAUGGUUGAUCAAUCUAAGAUUUAUUUAUGUAAUUAUUGUUCGAGGAGAUUUAAACGUCAUGAACAUCUAAAAAGGCAUUUCCGUUCUUUGCAUACGUUUGAAAAACCAUAUGAUUGUACGAUUUGUCAUAAGAAGUUUAGUAGGUCUGAUAAUUUGAAUCAACAUUUGAAAAUACAUAAACAGGAAGAAGAGGAACGACAAAGGAUGCAAGGAAUUGAGGAAAUGGAAUAA